AUGAUGUUGAAGCAGUGGGACGGGGCCAAGCGAUCAUGGAGAGACUGGGACUCUCUUAGACAGGAUCCCGAUCUGUGCGUCCGAGAUGGCAACUGCCUCAUCUAUUUGCACAGCAAGGGCCGUAUCAAACGGGACCCAGCCUUCAAACUGCCAUUCUCCGCUCUCCUCGCGAAGAAGUGCUAUCCCUUCAUUCAACGGUUCCUUGUCACGGAUGGACGCCGCCCGCAGUCCCCUGACGAGAUCAUGCGCUGGUAUCGCUUGAAUCCCCGACGGAUGGUUGAGCUGUAUGUUCCGCCACCGCCAACAGGUGACAAACAGCAGGCUCUGCAGUACCACAUUGCGAUGCGAAACCUUCUGGCUUGGGUUCUCGGGCGCUCUGUGGUCGGGGAAAGCUUGGGCGCUGCGUUGGUGGGCUUGUUGCACAGCAUGCACGAGUUUCGCUCCGCCGGCGAGGACAAUGUUGGCGAUUUGCUGGCAUACAUGGGCGAAGAGGGAUACUUGGCACUAGCCAACCAGCCCGACUAUGCACUGGCGAUGUUAUACCUAGCGGAGGCGUUUCAACUGCGGACUCUGUACCUCAGGGCGUUCGCUCAUUGCGUCGGCAUGAAGCAGAGCCUGUCCUCAAGUACUGAGUUUCCGAACAUGACUUCAGCGACCAGGAAACUCAUCAGGCAAAAACGGGCAGACUUGGAUGCCCGACUGGAACGCAGCGCAACGAUGCUCAGUAGCUUUCUGGACAAGGAGCUAUCUGAGGCACACAUCGGCAUUCCCCUCGGAGCGCGCAUGCAUCUUGACCGGUUCCGCUCAUUUCUUUUGUCGUUUUACAGUGCCAAGUUCGGAUACUACCCUCCACGGCGGUUCGAUGCUGCCGUGCUGCGCGUCCUGGCCGAGGACUUUGCCGCGCUGCAUGCGCUGCUCAAGGACGACGGGUACACUGCCGGCCCUUUCGAUCUAAUGCCGUCUUCUGCGGUAGGCGGCAUAUGCACGCUCCAGCUGAUACAGGCGGUCGAUGCGAGGAACCGAUUCGAUCCCAUGCCACACCCGCUGCCUCUCCUCCCGCAAGUCGGCACCGCCCAAGGCUCGACACGGCACAUUUCGUGGUUCCCGCGCAGCAAGACCAAAGCGGACCAGCGGCAGAUUGAGCACGCGGCGCUUGUGCGGGCUUCGCAUUGGAGAGAGGAUAUCUUCCAAAACGAUCUCGUGCGCGCGUACCGGGGCUUCGAGGAGGCGUCCGUCGUGGCACCGAGCCGUGCGGACCGACACGAGAGGGUUUCGCUGCUGGACGCGCGUAAGGUCCGCUGGAUACUUAUAUAUGCGGUGCAUCAGGCAUUGCGUCAGGCUACGAGCCCGGCUGCUGGGGUAUCUGACGAGAAGGAGGCACAGUAUCUGCUAUCCGCACCUCUAGAUGCGGUGCUUCCGUGGAGGGAGCCCAAGGAUAUCGAGAAGCCGGCAAGGAGACAGGCUGACCCCGCACUUGGCUCCCAGGACGAUGAGAUGCCGUGGUGCAACAGCAUGAUGGAGAUAAAACCCGACAUCGAUUACUUUGCGCUGACGCAAAAGACGCCACCCCCGCCGCAACCGCCGCCGUCGCGGAGUCGCCGUUUGUCGCUUCCCGCGUCAUGCUCAUCAGAUGUAUCGCGUUCCAACUCGUUCAAGCACGCACUGAGUCGCAGCUCGACACUUCGGAGGUCGGUCAGGAGGCUGCGACAGGCCACUUCGUCGGCAGGCUCGACGCCACCCGUGACGGCGGGCGGGUUAGGCAAACCAGUGUAUCACGAGAUAGUUGUGCAUGGCUACGGCAACGGGACCAACAGCGUGAGCUUUGACUCACCGACUCGGACAGAGUCGUUGCCCAUACGGCGACUGGACACGUCGGUGGGCGUGGCGAGUAGGAGCGGCUCAACGGCAUCGGCGUCGCGAUCGGACUCGAGCACAACCUCGGCCGGACAGACCACGGCCGUAGGCAGUCCGGCCGACACGCUGGCUUCAUCUAUUACAAUACCGAGCCCGAGCAUGACACCCGUCUUAGACACAGACAUGUCCUGCGACCCCGUGGACUCCGUGAUGCCGGCGAAGCCUUCCCGACGUUGGAGUCAGCAUGACGGAUCCAGUCGUCCCGGGCAAUCCAGGUCCAACUCCAUCAAACGACGACCGCUGAGUGCCGCCAUUGAGGGCUACAACUACGCCAAGUCGUUGGGACACCUUGUCGAGCAGGAGGGCCGCAACAUACUCUCCCGCGGCGGCGGUGGCGGAGCGGGCAUCUCGCGGCGGCACAGCCUCAUGGGAGGCGGACCGGAACUCCGCCGCAAGGCGAGCGCGAGCGUGCCGCUGCCACUCGUGAUUGACGAAGAGGAGGUAGCGGGGGUGUUGCCGCGGGACUCUGGCGACUGGACGGCCAUGCAGGCGUUCCUGGACGGCAAGACGGGCGAGGAAGAGUAUGCCGAUCUGGGCGGCCUGAUUGCCUUGCGUUGA